UCUCUGCACGCAGGUUGAUAAAAACUGGGGAGAUUUCACUUGUAACCUGCAGACUUCAGUUCUCUCUCUCUUCAACACACCUGUGACUCGAGAUUUGAGGAAUGGCAGAAAAGGAGCUUGCCAGAGUGAGGAGUAAGUUUGUGGAAAAGGUGUCGAACGCACUGCUUAAGGACCUCCUAGACGACCUUUUAGGCGAUGGUGUCUUGAAUGACGGCCAGAAAGACUCGAUACUUGAGGAGAACAGCAACAGAGCAGACAAAGCUCGCAGUCUCAUUGACACGGUGAAGAGGAAAGGAGAUGAAGCCAGCAGGAAGAUGAUCGCUCACCUUCACAGCAGAGACCUGAUGCUUUACUCUGAACUGGGUCUGACCUGUGGUGAACCUGCUCAGCCAGCUGCAGAGCCACAGAUGAAAGCUUCAGAGCCACAGAUGAAAGCUGCAGGGCCACAGAUGAAAGCUGCAGGGCCACAGAUGAAACAGGAAUGGUCCACCGUGCUCCUCCCUACCCCCAAGGAAUUCUGGGAGAAGAAACUGAAAGAUAGCGAUGUUUACGCUGCGGCCGAAAAAUCCAUUAGGAAUCGUGUGGCCCUGCUAAUCACUAAUAUAAAGUUUACUGAUGAGACAUCAAACAGAAAUGGAGCUGAGAAGGACGAGGAGAACACGGAGAAACUGCUCACAGGUCUGGGAUACGAGGUGGUGAAAUACACAAACCUCACAGGAAAGGAAAUUGACGAUGCUGUAAUUCAGUUCUCUAAACAUCCGAAACUCAGAGAGACAGACAGUGUGGUGGUGGUUAUCAUGUCUCACGGGAAACUCGGAGCUGUCCUCGGUGUCAACUGGACAAAGGAGAAAUCUGAUGAUGAGUUCCCCAUCAAUAACCUUUACAAACACUUGGGCACAGAGAACUGCCCAGCGCUGCUGGACAAACCCAAGAUCAUCAUCAUCCAGGCCUGCAGAGGAGAGGACAAAGGAUCAGUGCUUGUUAAAGAUGGUGCAGACCAAGAUGUGGCCUGUGAUGAUGUGCUACAGCCAGAUGACAUGGACGACAUUGAGGAUGAUGCUUUUCAAUAUGCCAUCAAAGAAAAAGACUUCAUUUCUCUUCUUUCCUGCACCCCUGAUACCGUCUCAUAUAGACAAAAGGUUAAUGGGUCUUUUCUCAUCCAGUACAUCGUUGAUGUAUUUUCCACCCUCGCACAUGAGCAAGACAUUGAGAAACUUUUCAAAAGAGUCAUGCGACGCUUUGAAGAUUUUUCCAUUGAAUACAGAAGACAGAUGCCGACCAAAGACAGAGUCACUCUGACGAAGGACUUCUACUUCUUUCCAGGCAUCUGAGGCAGGAUUCACUGUUGUUUAACACAGACUUGUAGCCGCCUUUCAUAUGAUGCUUGCAAUUGAGGUACUACUUGGUGAAUAGAUGAAACUUAUGGAUGAAUUAC